CAAAUGUUUGCGGAAGUGGAAGCUUGAACAAAUAACAGUUCAAUUAAUAAUCUCUGUUGUAUGCGAGAUACACUCAACUUUUUCAAUGAUCUCGUUAUUUGCGUCGUUGGUUUACAAUGAAUGUGUCAAAAAUCAGCAACACACAUUGACGAGUAUUUAGUUAUUUAUUCUGCCCUCCCCUCCCAAAACAACUGGAAACGUGUGAGCUGUCCUACUACGUCGUCAGCUGAGACAGGCGACAUGGCGACUUCAGCGGGCUUCAAGGUUCUAUAUGAGCAUGAUGGAGUUUUUAUACACACCAACCCAGAAAGGAGUGAGGAGCAGGAUUCUCUGACUUCGGGAUCCCUGCGUGUCCUGGACCAGGAUGGAGACAUAGUGCUGGAAUAUAAACCCGUGGAACAUGUUGACCACUCUGCCAUGCUGUGUGCUGCCAAGGAGUCGAGCUCUGUGUUUGAAUGGGGCCAGCGGCACCAGGGUCCAAGCCAAGACCCAGGAGACAAGCCUACCAGGCAGGUGGAGCACCAGCUGGGCUAUGAGACAGAAUGGGACAUGGUUCACACUGUUCAGUUCAGGAAGAAACCCAGCAACAAUGAAGGUGCUCCUCCUCAACCCGCUCCCAUCCCAGAGAAGAGUAAGGGUUCCCGGCUGUUGUUCCGUCUCAGUGACCUGGCCUCGGUCAGGGUGAAGGAGGAGGGCUGGUCCUACCUGGUGUUCACCCUCAGAGACAGCAACAUGGGGGUUGAGCUGCCUGCCCUACACUUUCACCAGGGAGGUAGUGAAGUCUUCCUGGACUGUCUCAGGAAGUACAUGCUGCUGACAGAGUCUACCACAGAUGCCUCCCUCCUCCAGGUCAGCCCCCACAGCGGAGCUCUGUCCCAGUCCUUUGAGAACCUGCUAGAUGAGACCACCUUCGGACUUAUUACGAAGUUUUCCCAGGACCCAGUCACCACUACGCUGGGUGGUUUCUCCAAGGUGACCAACUACCUGUUUGACGCGUUCCGGGGUCCAGACACGGUGCUACUGAAGCAGAGGCCUGUCGGGGAGGUGGCUGACCUGCUGAAUGAGACCAUACCUGGUCUGGACAUCAACCAGCUGGAGGAACCAGGCUUUGAGGUUAUCACCAGGAUUGAUCUUGGCGUGCUGCCAGAGGUCCGGCGUAGGGAGCCUGUUGGGGCGAAGGAGUGGAACACCAACAUGGACCCUGAGGGACGCAUGAGGAACAUCUCACACCUCAAACAGACCAUUUUCAAAGGGGGUCUGUGUCACGUGUUGAGGAAGGAGGGAUGGAAGUUUCUGCUGGGCUACUUCCCCUGGGAGAGCACCCUGGAGGAGAGGAGGAGUCUGGCCAGGAGGAAAACGGAUGAGUACUUCCGUAUGAAGCUCCAGUGGAAGUCAGUGAGUGAGGAGCAGGAGAAACGCAACAGCAUGUUUAGAGACCACAGGAGUCUAAUAGAGAAAGACGUGAACAGGACAGAUCGGACCAACACUUUCUACGAAGGACAAGACAACCCCGGACUGAUCCUGCUGCACGAUGUCCUCAUGACCUACUGCAUGUAUGACUUUGACCUGGGCUAUGUCCAGGGUAUGAGUGACCUGCUGUCUCCGAUCCUCUAUGUGAUGGAGGACGAGGUGGACGCCUUCUGGUGCUUUGUCUCCUUCAUGGACCAGAUGCACCAGAACUUUGAGGAGCAGAUGCAGGGAAUGAAGACUCAACUGAUCCAGCUCAGCACUCUGCUACGACUACUGGACCUGUCCUUCUGGAACUACCUGGUGGCCCAGGACUCUGGUCACCUGUACUUCUGCUUCCGCUGGCUCCUGAUUCGCUUCAAGAGAGAACUGAGUUUCCCUGAUGUUCUGCGUCUUUGGGAGGUAAUGUGGACCGGGCUGCCAUGCCAGAACUUCCACCUGCUGGUGUGCUGUGCCAUCCUGGACUCAGAGAAACACCAGAUUAUGGAGAAACAAUAUGGCUUCAAUGAGAUCCUCAAGCUCAUAAAUGAACUGUCGAUGAAACUGGACAUUGUGGCCAUCCUCAACAAAGCUGAAGCUAUAUGCCUGCAGCUGAAGAGUUGUAAGGAUUUGCCCAACUCCGUGGUUGAGAUGCUUGGAUUCAACAGCACAGACACUGAGUCAUCAUCCCAGUCAGAGGACACUGAGAGAACGGACAGACCGGACUCUCCCGAACCUUCGACACCGUCAGACGACCAGCAGGACUUAGUCUCUGAGCACAACCCCGGCGGCAACAGCGGACACUUACGGGACGCGGCGCGUGACGUUUACAAAUUAGCCUACAUAUCGUAGCCAGCCUGGCUAACAGUCGUCUCUCGUCCAGUGAGAGAUUUGGUUCUGGUGGCUGAGACGAGGCUCACAGCCUAGUGGAAAAGGUGGAUUGCCUCUCUCCCACCUCACAGACCGAGGAGAGAUAGGAAACGGCUUCUCAGGGCAGUAUCUUUCUAAUAGAGCCCAAGAGGUAUUCAUUUAAAGGAAGUUUUUCAAAUCAAAUCAUUUUUGUAAUGAUUCUCUGUCUGUUAUUCGUCUAAUUUUUCUUGUUCGAUGGUGGUCUUUGAGUUUUUAGGAUAUUGUUCCUUAUUGCCCCUGACUCCCAGGUAUUUAGUGUUCAUCAGAUUGCUCCUUAUUGCCCCUGACUCCAAGGUAUUUAGUGUUCAGCAGAUUGCCCCUGACUCCCAGCUAUGUAGUGUUCAGCAGAUUGCUCCUUAUUGCCCCUGACUCCCAGGUAUUUAGUGUUCAGCAGAUUGUUCCUUAUUGCUCCUGACUCCCAGGUAUUUAGUGUUCAGCAGAUUGCUCCUCAUUACCCCUGACUCCCAGGUAUUUAGUGUUCAGCAGAUUGCCCCUGACUCCAAGGUGUUUAGUGUUCAGCAGAUUGUUCCUGACUCCCAGGUAUUUAGUGUUCAGCAGAUUGUCCCUUAUUGCCCCUGACUCCCAGGUAUUUAGUGUUCAGCAGAUUGUCCCUUAUUGCCCCUGACUCCCAGGUAUUUAGUGUUCAGCAGAUUGUUCCUGACUCCCAGGUAUUUAGUGUUCAGCAGAUUGUUCCUGACUCCCAGGUAUUUAGUGUUCAGCAGAUUGCCCCUGACUCCCAGGUAUUUAGUGUUCAGCAGAUUGUUCCUGACUCCCAGGUAUUUAGUGUUCAGCAGAUUGCUCCUUAUUGCCCCUGACUCCCAGGUAUUUAGUGUUCAGCAGAUUGCUCCUUAUUGCCCCUGACUCCCAGGUAUUUAGUGUUCAGCAGAUUGUCCCUUAUUGCCCCUGACUCCCAGGUAUUUAGUGUUCAGCAGAUUGUCCCUUAUUGCCCCUGACUCCCAGGUAUUUAGUGUUCAGCAGAUUGCCCCUGACUCCCAGGUAUUUAGUGUUCAGCAGAUUGUCCCUUAUUGCCCCUGACUCCCAGGUAUUUAGUGUUCAGCAGAUUGCCCCUGACUCCCAGGUAUUUAGUGUUCAGCAGAUUGUUCCUGACUCCCAGGUAUUUAGUGUUCAGCAGAUUGUCCCUUAUUGCCCCUGACUCCCAGGUAUUUAGUGUUCAGCAGAUUGCUCCUUAUUGCCCCUGAUUCCCAGGUAUUUAGUGUUCAGCAGAUUGUUCCUUAUUGCCCCUGACUCCCAGGUAUUUAGUGUUCAGCAGAUUGUUCCUGACUCCAAGGUAUUUAGUGUUCAGCAGAUUGCUCCUUAUUGCCCCUGACUCCCAGGUAUUUAGUGUUCAGCAGAUUGUUCCUGACUCCAAGGUAUUUAGUGUUCAGCAGAUUGCUCCUUAUUGCCCCUGAUUCCUAGGUAUUUAGUGUUCAGCAGAUUGUUCCUUAUUGCCCCUGACUCCCAGGUAUUUAGUGUUCAGCAGAUUGUUCCUGACUCCAAGGUAUUUAGUGUUCAGCAGAUUGUCCCUUAUUGCCCCUGAUUCCAAGGUAUUUAGUGUUCAGCAGAUUGUUCCUGACUCCAAGGUAUUUAGUGUUCAGCAGAUUGUCCCUUAUUGCCCCUGACUCCCAGGUAUUUAGUGUUCAGCAGAUUGUCCCUUAUUGCCCCUGACUCCAAGGUAUUUAGUGUUCAGCAGAUUGCUCCUUAUUGCCCCUGACUCCAAGGUAUUUAGUGUUCAGCAGAUUGUCCCUUAUUGCCCCAGACUCCAAGGUAUUUAGUGUUCAGCAGAUUGCUCCUUAUUGCCCCUGACUCCUAGGUAUUUAGUGUUCAGCAGAUUGUUCCUUAUUGCCCCUGGACUCCUAGGUAUUUAGUGUUCAGCAGAUUGUUCUUUAUUGCCCCUGACUAUAAGGUAUUUAGUGUUCAGCAGAUUGCUCCUUAUUGCCCCUGACUCCAAGGUAUUUAGUGUUCAGCAGAUUGUUCCUUAUUGCCCCUGGACUCCAAGGUAUUUAGUGUUCAGCAGAUUGUCCCUUAUUGCCCCUGACUCCAAGGUAUUUAGUGUUCAGCAGAUUGCUCCUUAUUGCCCCUGACUCCUAGGUAUUUAGUGUUCAGCAGAUUGUUCCUUAUUGCCCCUGGACUCCUAGGUAUUUAGUGUUCAGCAGAUUGUUCUUUAUUGCCCCUGACUAUAAGGUAUUUAGUGUUCAGCAGAUUGCUCCUUAUUGCCCCUGACUCCAAGGUAUUUAGUGUUCAGCAGAUUGCUCCUUAUUACCUUGUUAAUCUUGACUUGACUUGUUAAUCGCUCCUGAAUCGUGUGAAUAGUCAAACAUAAUGCUGAAGUAGUUGACAUUUAAAUAGAGGUGGAAGUGCUGAGGAAUGGAUAAGGUUUUAUAUAAACAGGGCUUAUUAUAUCUCACUGCAGUAUUCAGCUAAUAGGAGCCCUGCUGUAGGUGUAAUUCAAUUAGAACUAUUUAAUGAAGAUGUGGCUGUAUUAUCUCAAGGCAAGGCCCCUCUCAUCUACCAACUGAAAAUGCUUUUCUGCCCUGCAGCCUAUUGCCAUGGGUUUUACACAGUGUACAAAACAUUAAGAACACCUGGUCUUUACAUGACAUAGACUGACCAGGUGAAUCCAGGUGAAAGAUAUGAUCCCUUGUUGAUGUCACUUGUUAAAUCCUCUUCAAUCAGUGUAGAUGAAGGGGAGGAGACAGGUUAAAUAAGGGUUUUUAAGCCUUGAGACAUGGAUUGUGUGCCAUUCAGAGGGUGAAUAGUCAAGACCAAAUAUUUAAGUGCCUUUGAACGGGGUAUGGUAGUAGGCACCAGCCGCACCAGUUUAAGUGUGAAGAACUGCAACGCUGCUGGAUUUUUCAACAGUUUCCGUGUAUAUUAACAAUGGUCCACCAUCCAAAGGACAUUCAGCCAACUUGAGACAACUGUGGGGAACAUUGCAGUCAACAUGGACCACUAUCCCUGUGGAACGCUUUCGACACCUUGUAGAGUCCAUGCCCCAACGAAUCGAGGCUGUUCUGAGUGCGAAUAUAAUCAAUGUUAAGAAAGUGUUCCUAAUGUUUUGUCCACUCAGUGGUUUUCUAUCCCGCUGCCUUUCCUGACAUGUGAUUUGGUAAGACUGAUAGAGACAUGAUUUAUUAUUUUUAAUUUUACCUUUAUUUAACUGGGCAAGUCAGUUAAGAACAAAUUCUUAUUUUCAAUGACGGCCUAGGAACAGUGGGUUAACUGCCUGUUCAGGAGCAGAACAACAGAUUUGUACCUUGUCAGCUCGGGGAUUUGAACUUGCAACCUUCCAGUUACAUUUACAUUUACAUUUACCAGUCCAACGCUCUAACCACUAGGCCCCAUGUCAUUCUUUUUCUGAAUCCAUAUUGUUAAUCGCACUAGACUGUGUGGGUUGGCAUGGUGAUAAUGUAUGUACAAGUAGUUAGCUGUCUGUUCCUCUGGACUGGAGGGUUCCCAGAAGUUGCUUCAACAAACUUCCAACCUUACAGCAACGUUUUUUUUUUUUUAAACGAUGUUGAGUUCAUGCUUAGCCAACCAUGAGGCCUUUGUCAACAUAUACAGACGUAGUGAAUUCUUGGUGUGUUUAACAUGGACACGUCUUACUUCUGUGGGGAAGAUUGGAAAGGUGUUGAUGUAGUCAUUGAUUAUGUUGGGGAAGAUUGUAAAGGAGUUGAUGUAGUCAUUGAUUAUGUUGGGGAAGAUUGUAAAGUUGAUGUAGUCAUUGAUUAUGUUGGGGAAGAUUGUAAAGGAGUUGAUGUAGUCAUUGAUUAUGUUGGGGCAGAUUGUAAAGGAGUUGAUGUAGUCAUUGAUUAUGUUGGGGAAGAUUGUAAAGGAGUUGAUGUAGUCAUUGAUUAUAUUGGGGAAGAUUGUAAAGGAGUUGAUGUAGUCAUUGAUUAUAUUGGGGAAGAUUGUAAAGGAGUUGAUGUCGUCAUUGAUUAUGUUGGGGAAGUUUGUAAAGGAGUUGAUGUCGUCAUUGAUUAUAUUGGGGAAGUUUGUAAAGGAGUUGAUGUCGUCAUUGAUUAUAUUGGGGAAGAUUGUAAAGGAGUUGAUGUAGUCAUUGAUUAUAUUGGGGAAGAUUGUAAAGGAGUUGAUGUCGUCAUUGAUUGUGUUGGGGAAGAUUGUAAAGGAGUUGAUGUCGUCAUUGAUUGUGUUGGGGAAGAUUGUAAAGGAGUUGAUGUCGUCAUUGAUUAUGUUGGGGAAGAUUGUAAAGGAGUUGAUGUAGUCAUUGAUUAUGUUGGGGAAGAUUGUAAAGGAGUUGAUGUAGUCAUUGAUUAUAUUGGGGAAGUUUGUAAAGGAGUUGAUGUAGUCAUUGAUUAUAUUGGGGAAGUUUGUAAAGGAGUUGAUGUAGUCAUUGAUUAUAUUGGGGAAGAUUGUAAAGGAGUUGAUGUAGUCAGUAAUUAUGUUGCAUGAUGAAAGUCUCGGCCUUCAAGUGAUUUAUCAGAAACAGCAAUGCUGGAAGACUGUUCGUACCUGAAUCUUUCUGUGUACAGAUUUGUCUAUUGCAGCAGUUUGUACUGUAUAUACAUUUGAUACCAUCUUUCACAACCAAUUAUGUUUUGAAAUCUUUUAAAGAAGCUGAAAUUCAUGACUCCUCUUUGUAUUGCUUAAUGUGGUAGGAGUAUCAGUGUCCCUCUCCCCUCUGUUCAGGUGUCUCUCCCAGUCCUGACAGCCGUCUAUGGGAGGAUCUCAAUGGCCUUUCCUUGAUUUCUAGCAUCCUCGCUUCCUUCUCAACACGCAUUGGAUGAAAUGGUCAGAUGGGGAGGGAACUCUUACCUUCUCAUCCAAUGGGUUUUAAGAAGGUGAGAAGAGAGGAUGCGAAGAAUGAAGGAAAAAAAGGUUCUCUCCAUGUCUCAACUGGCGUGGCCCGUCUGUUCACAGUUCCACAUAUCCUGUGUCUAGAAAUAUAAUUAAAUGAACCAUAAUGUCCCAUAUAAUGUCUCUUAUUUUGUUCCCUAUUUUAUACUGACACAAAUGGACAACUAUAUACCUUUUUUUGUUUUGUUUUCCAAUACAAUGAAUGUCGCUCUUUCAAAGGCUUGAUGUAACAGUGAGACAACGGGACACUUUUUCAGGUUAGUUAUUCACCGAUGCGACAAUGAAUCUGUUGGCUCUCAGCUGAUGUGCUGUUCUCUCCGGUCUCUCUUGUUGUUGUGAGAGAUUUGGAGUCGUUCCUCGAAAUAGAGUCCGCUUCCCAAAUGGCACACUAUUCCCUACGUGGUGCACUACUUAGCCUAGGGCUCUGGUCAAAAGUAGUGCACUAUAUAGUGAAUAGGGUGCCAGUCAGUGUCUGAGAAUCAGCAUCUGAAUAGGACCGUCUGAAUGAAACGGUAUCGCUGGUCUGUUCAGAGCGUUUGUAGCAAAACAAAAUCAUAUCAUUGUCCCAUAGGAAAUGACCUCAGUUGCUAUGUCACUUUUUAGGCUACAGCCCUGAGGCCUCUAACACUGCGUGCCUGUCCUCCUGUCACACAGAAAGGGGAGUAAAACCAAAAUACAAGGAUUCUGUUAGCCUCGACUUGAAGAAUGAAAUGGGAUCCGAUAUCAAAAACUUUUCUAGCAUAGACUUUGGAUAAAUAACCCAGAGAAAAUGAAGUUGUUCUUUGAGAUGAGAGCUUUAGGCGCUAUCGUGGUUUUGUAACAAACUACUUGUGAGUUAUGGAUGUAUGGUGCUGGUGAAUGGCGGCGCGUGUUUGAAAGCCUGCAAAUUGUUGGGGGAAAAAAAUAGCACUUUACAAAAUAAAUAAAACUUCACACAUCUCGAGACCACCAGAUGGCUCAGAGCAAGUGGCAGUAUUAAUAUAGCUAAGACUGCCAGCUGUUGUAAGUCGUCUGAAACAACGCACAGCUGAACACUGCAGCUCAAUCAGGUAAGAACACAGGUAAGAACACUGAAUAGCCACAUCCAGUAGCAGCUCACUUCGUUGACCAUCCCAUCUCCUCCCUCAAAUACACAGGCGUGGAGCAUGUUGCUCUACCAAGGAGAGGAGGUCACAUGGAGAUCCUACUUGCGACAGAGGGAGGCCUAUCGGAUAUCCUGUCUAAAAACAUGGACCCCUAGUGGUCUGAAUAUUGACUUAGAUCUCAGACCCUUCUUGUGAACAAGUAUUUUGAAAAAUCUGUUAAAUUCUUGCUACAGGUUAUCAUCGUACACCCAAUAUGUUCCCCCUGUUGAUGAUGCUUACUAUGCAUCAGGGCUGAACCAAAGGUUGAUUGGAAACUUAAACCAUGUAUGUUGAUGCUAAUAAUUCUGUACAACAUCGAAUUAUGUUUCCAUGUGAUAACAGUAGCCUAAUAUAUUCAAUAUGCUGUAAAUUAUUGUUUUUAAAAAAAAACAGUUUCACUCAAUUCAUUCUAAUCAACCUAAUAGUGAUGACACGCCCCUCACUGUUGUCAUUGGUUGCUCUAAUAGUUAUGACACGCCCCUCACUGUUGUCAUUGGUUGCUCUCAUAGUUAUGACACGCCCCUCACUGUUGUCAUUGGUUGCUCUAAUACUAAUGACAUACCCCUCACUGUUGUCAUUGGUUGCUCUAAUACUAAUGACAUACCCCUCACUGUUUUCAUUGGUUGCUCUAAUACUAAUGACAUACCCCCUCACUGUUGUCAUUGGUUGCUCUAAUUGCCUUGUUUGUCGACAACCUGGUUCCAGCAUUCAUGACAUCACCCUGAAGAAGAAAAAGUGAUGCUGAAAUGUUGCUGUUUUACCAAAUAAAUUACUGGGACUUAAUAUA